CUUCUCGAAAAGAAAUAAAUAUACUAUUGCUCGGUGAAACUGGAGUAGGCAAAUCCACAUUUAUAAACGCCUUUGCAAAUUAUUUGAAAUUUAAUAGCUUAGAAGAUGCAAUUUCCGAUGAGAUAGAU